AUGAGUCAUCGCUACCCUAUAUCUGCCUCCCGUCCACAUGUGGUCCCAACAGCGACUGCUUUGAAACUCCUAACGGUCCAACGUGCAAAUGUAAACAGGGUUAUUCAGGCACUCCUCCACAUUGUCGCCCUGAAUGUACAACAAAUGCUGACUGCCCAGGAAACAAAGCUUGUGCUCAAUACAGGUGUGUUGAUCCUUGCACAGGGAGUUGUGCAGCUAUGGCCGAGUGCUACACUGUCAAUCAUUUACCUGUUUGUAAAUGCCCCAUGGGGCAGAGUGGUGAUCCAUUCAGUUCUUGCUUCACUCAAAGUAAGAUCAUAUUCAAGACAGGGAAGGUUUCCUGUUGAACAAAAACCAAUAUACCCAUGUGUUCCAACUCCCUGCGGAGUUAAUACAAUCUGCAGGGAACAGAAUGGUGUUGCAGCUUGCACUUGUGUAGAAGGGUAUAUUGGAGAUCCAUACCUAGGAUGCCGUCCAGAAUGUAUUUUAAAUACGGACUGCCCUUGGGACAAAGCAUGUUGGAAUAAUAAGUGUAAAGAUCCUUGCAUUGGUGCUUGUGGUCGGAAUGCAGAAUGCAGUGUGGCACAUCAUUCACCUUAUUGUAUAUGCAAAACGGGAUUCACAGGAAAUCCACUUGUCUUCUGCAACAAAAUAGUGCAUGCUCCUAUGGUUUGGGCUUGCAUGACUUUUGUAUGUUUUGAAUUAGCUGUGGUUGAGGUGAAACAACCGUGUCUACCAUCUCCAUGUGGUCCAUAUAGCCAGUGUAAAGAGAUUCUUGGCUAUGCAGUAUGCAGCUGCUUACCAGGUUUCAUUGGUGCACCACCUGCAUGCAGACCUGAGUGUCUUAUUAGUUCAGAAUGUGCCUUGAACUGUGCUUGUAUCAACCAGAGAUGCACUGACCCCUGCCCGGGAACAUGUGCCUUAAAUGCCAGAUGCCAAGUUGUCAAUCAUAAUGCUAUUUGCUCUUGUGCAUCAGGUUACACAGGAGAUCCAUUUGUACGCUGUGUUUUAGAAACAAAGCCUGAAGUAGUUUCAAAACCAAGUCAGAACCCAUGCAUUCCAAACAUCUGUGGUCCGAAUACUGCCUGUCAUGCAUUGGGUGAAACACCAGUUUGCUCUUGCUUGCCAAACUACAUAGGCCGGCCACCAAAUUGUCGUCCUGAAUGUACAAUAAACGCUGACUGUACCGGUAAUCAAGUGUGUCAAAAUGAAAGGUGCAAGAAUCCUUGCCCAGCCUCGUGUGGAGUAAAUGCACUAUGCAGUGUUUCAAACCAUUCUCCUAUAUGCUCUUGUCUAUCAGGUUACACUGGUGAUCCAUUUGUAGAAUGUUCACCUAUUAUUCUAUCUGUUCCUGUAGAAGGUCCCAGAGAUCCCUGCAAUCCAUCUCCUUGUGGUUCUAAUGCUGUUUGUAAAGAAAAAAAUGGCGCUGGAUCCUGUACAUGCCUACCUGAGUACACAGGAGAUCCAUACACAGGCUGCAGACCUGAAUGUGUCCUCAACACUGAUUGUCCUCGACAUUUGGCUUGUACAAAUAAUAAAUGUCGAAAUCCUUGCCCAGGAAUGUGUGGUUUGAAUGCAGAGUGUAAGGUUGUUAAUCAUGCACCUACAUGCAACUGCCUUCCAGGUUUUACUGGCAAUCCUCUGACUGCAUGUAACCAACCUCCACCACCUGAACCAACUACUCCUAAAAAUCCAUGCAUACCUUCUCCAUGUGGGCCAUACAGUGUCUGCAGAGUUGUAGAUAGUCACGCCGUUUGUUCUUGUCAACCUAAUUACAUUGGAAGCCCACCAGCUUGCAGGCCAGAAUGUAUGAUAAGUGCUGAUUGUGCCCAAAAUAAAGCAUGCAUCAACCAAAAAUGUGUCGACCCUUGCCCUGGUACAUGUGGUCUCAAUGCUCGUUGCCAGGUUGUGAAUCACAAUCCUAUCUGUAGCUGUCCUUCUGGGUUCAUUGGUGAUCCCUUUGUUAGAUGCUUAAAAGAAGAAAAAAGACCUGUUGAAGUACAUCCUAGUGGAAAUCCAUGUGUUCCUUCCCCAUGUGGACCUAACUCUCAAUGCAGGCCAGUGGGGAAUACUCCAGCAUGUUCUUGUGCUCCAAACUAUAUCGGGCGCCCUCCAAACUGCAGACCAGAGUGCACAAUAAAUGCUGAAUGCCCUGGAAAUUUAGCAUGUCAGAAUGAAAAAUGUAGAGAUCCAUGUCCUGGAUCAUGUGGGCCACAAGCAACUUGCCAUGUAGUUAAGCAUAACCCUCAAUGUUCUUGUGUACCUGGAUAUACUGGAGACCCAUUCUCAGGAUGUUCAUUAAUAGUACAACAAAUUCCCCCCACUGAUAGUCCAAAGGAUCCUUGUAAUCCUUCACCUUGUGGGGCAAAUGCAGUUUGUAAAGAAAGAAAUGGAGCUGGAUCAUGUAGUUGUAUAGCUGAAUAUUUUGGAGACCCUUACACUGGAUGCAGGCCAGAAUGUGUAGUGAACUCAGAUUGUGACAGAAAGAAAGCUUGCAUGAAUAACAAAUGUAAGGAUCCCUGCCCAGGAACAUGUGGGAUAAAUGCUGAAUGCAAUGUUAUUAAUCAUGCUCCAACUUGUACCUGUCUUCCUGGUUUUACUGGUGAUCCAAUAGCUGCUUGCAGACAACCUCCUAAAACUCCAGAGCCUGAAAAAAAUCCUUGUCAGCCUUCGCCUUGUGGUCCAUUUAGCAUUUGUAGAGUGGCUAAUAAACAUGCUGUUUGUUCAUGCCAACCAAAUUACAUUGGUACACCUCCUACAUGCAGACCAGAAUGUAUGGUCAGUGCUGAUUGUGCACAGGACAAAGCUUGCUUAAAUCAAAAAUGUUUAGAUCCUUGUCCUGGGACUUGUGGUUUAAAUGCAAGAUGUCAAACAGUAAACCACAAUCCUAUUUGCAGUUGUCCGCAGGGCUUUACUGGAGAUCCAUUCGUUAGAUGUCUCAAAGAAGAAAAACGUCCAGUUGAAAAACCUACCGGCAAUCCUUGUAUUCCAUCUCCAUGUGGUCCUAACUCUCAGUGUAGAGUUGUUGGGAAUACACCAGCUUGUUCAUGUUCCCCCAGUUAUGUUGGACAUCCUCCAAAUUGCCGUCCAGAAUGUACUAUAAAUGCUGAAUGCCCUGGAAAUUUGGCAUGUCAAAAUGAGAAAUGUAGUGAUCCAUGCCCUGGAUCAUGUGGACCGCAAGCAACUUGCCAAGUUGUUAAACAUACUCCUCAAUGUUCAUGUGUUCCAGGUUACACAGGAGAUCCUUUUGCUGGGUGCUCACUUAUACAGCAACAGCCCACAAUUGAAGGGCCAAAAAAUCCAUGUAACCCAUCACCUUGUGGUGCCAAUGCUGUAUGCAAAGAGAGGAACGGUGCUGGCUCCUGUGCAUGUUUGCCUGAAUAUUUUGGUGAUCCAUAUACAGGCUGUAGGCCAGAAUGUGUUGUCAAUUCAGAUUGUGACAGAUCAAAAGCUUGUAUGAAUAACAAAUGUAAAGAUCCAUGCCCAGGAACAUGUGGACUUAAUGCAGAGUGCAAUGUGAUAAAUCACGGACCAUCUUGUACUUGUUUACCUGGAUUUAUAGGUGAUCCUAUGUCAGCAUGUCGCCAACCUCAACCAACCGAACCUGAAAAGCCAAAAGAUCCCUGUCAGCCAUCACCUUGUGGACCAUAUAGUCAAUGUAGGGUCGUAAAUAAUCAUGCUGUCUGUUCAUGUCAACCUAAUUACUUGGGUACCCCACCAUCAUGUCGACCAGAAUGUAUGGUCAGUGCUGACUGUCCUCAAGACAAAGCAUGUAUGAAUCAAAAAUGUACAGACCCUUGCCCUGGAACCUGUGGAAUCAAUGCUCGUUGUCAAGUUGUCAAUCACAAUCCGAUAUGCAGCUGUCCUCGUGGAUUUGUUGGAGAUCCGUUUUCUCGUUGUAUUAAAGAAGAAAAGCGCCCAGUUGAAGUACCUACUGGCAAUCCUUGUAUUCCAUCUCCUUGUGGUCCCAAUUCCCAAUGUAAAGCAAUCGGAAAUACUCCUGCUUGUUCAUGUUCCCCUAAUUACGUUGGUCGUCCACCGAACUGUCGACCAGAGUGUACAAUAAAUGCAGAAUGUCCAGGCAACUUGGCCUGCCAGAAUGAAAAAUGUAGUGAUCCUUGCCCUGGAUCUUGUGGACCUCAAGCAUCUUGUCAAGUAGUUAAACACAAUCCCCAAUGCUCGUGUCUUCCUGGCUAUACUGGAGAUCCUUUUGCUGGAUGCUCACUUGUACAACAAACUCUUCCUACUGAUCAACCAAGAAUGCCAUGCAAUCCAUCUCCUUGUGGAGCUAAUGCAGUUUGUAAAGAAAGAAAUGGAGCAGGUUCAUGUUCUUGUUUACCAGAAUAUUUUGGAGAUCCUUACUCGGGAUGUAGACCAGAAUGUGUAACAAAUUCUGAUUGUGACAGAAGCAAAGCUUGUAUGAAUAAUAAAUGCAAAGAUCCUUGUCCAGGAACUUGUGGAAUAAAUGCUGAAUGCCGUGUUAUAAAUCAUGCUCCUUCUUGCUCUUGCCUUCAGGGGUAUUCUGGUGAUCCACUGACAAAAUGUUUGAUAAUACAAGCUUCUACUCAAGGGCCAACAAAUCCCUGUGUUCCAUCACCUUGUGGUCCUAAUAGUUUAUGUAAGGAAAUCAAAGGACAUGCUGUAUGCACUUGCCAACCUAACUUUGUUGGAUCACCGCCAAGUUGCAGACCAGAAUGUGUAGUUAGUUCAGAUUGUUCUCAAGACAAAGCCUGCAUUAAUCAAAGAUGUGCAGAUCCAUGCCCAGGAACUUGUGGCCAAAAUGCUCGAUGUCAAGUUGUCAACCACAAUCCUAUCUGCAGUUGCCCUUCAGGGUUCACUGGAGACCCAUUCCUUCGUUGUUCUAGGCUACAACCUUCUACUACACCUUCUCCACCUUCUGAUCCUUGUGCUCCGUCACCAUGUGGUCCAUAUUCUCAAUGCCGUACAGUAGGCUCGACACCAGCAUGCUCAUGCCUACCUAAUUACAUUGGUAAUCCACCAAACUGUCGGCCUGAAUGUAUUAUUAAUGCUGAGUGUGCUGGAAACUUGGCAUGCCAAAAUGAAAAAUGUAUUGAUCCUUGUCCGGGUUCUUGUGGUCAUCAAGCUGAAUGUCGUGUAGUAAACCACAAUCCCGUAUGUACCUGUCCCCAAGGUUAUAUUGGUGACGCUAGUACUUCAUGUCAUCCAGCACCUAUAGCAACAACAGAGAGGUCUCCAGAAAAGCUUGAUCCAUGUCAUCCUACACCCUGCGGUGCAAAUGCAGAAUGUCAUAAUCGAAAUGGAGUUGGAGCCUGCUCUUGCCUAGCUGGCUUCCAGGGAGAUCCUUAUGCUGGUUGCAGAAGGGAAUGCGAAUCUAAUCAAGACUGUGCUCCUCCUUUGGCAUGUAUUGGAUACAAAUGCAGUGAUCCAUGCCCAGGAACCUGCGGUACAGGUGCUGAAUGUAUUGUAGCCAAUCAUAUUCCAAUAUGUACUUGUCCUGCUGGGUUUACUGGAGAUCCAUUCUUCUCAUGUCAUCAAGCACCAUCUACACCUUCACCAAUUCCAAGAGAUCCCUGUCUUCCCUCUCCAUGUGGACCUAACAGCCAAUGCAGAACAGUCAAUCAACAGGCUGUAUGUUCAUGCCUUCCCAGUUAUGUUGGACAUCCUCCUACAUGCAGGCCGGAGUGUAUUGUCAGUUCUGAGUGUCCUCUAGAUAAAGCCUGCAUAAAUCAGAAAUGUGCUGAUCCUUGCCCUAAUACCUGUGGCCUCCAUGCACAAUCUGCUGCACCACCACCUCCUCCAACACCAGAACCAGUAACUUGCACACCAUCUCCAUGUGGUCCAAAUGCUCAAUGUCAAAUAGUGGGAGGCCAAUUGGCAUGUUCUUGCUUGCCAAAUUUCCUAGGAGCACCACCAAAUUGUAGACCUGAAUGUGUUCUAAGCUCAGAAUGUUCAUCUCAACUGGCAUGUAUCAACCAGAAGUGUCGCGAUCCUUGCCCAGGCUCCUGUGGUGCAAAUACUAAAUGCAGUAUUAUUAAUCAUGUACCAGUUUGUUCUUGUGAAAAUGGUUUCACAGGAGAUCCAUUUACUUUAUGCUCUGCUAUUCCUAUUACUACACCCUCACCAGUUGUAGAAGAUCCAUGCAAUCCUUCACCAUGUGGUCCUAAUGCAGUUUGUAGGCCUGGAGGUAUAUGUGAAUGUAUACCAGAAUAUAAUGGAAAUCCAUAUGAGGCCUGUCGACCAGAGUGUGUAUUGAGUACUGAAUGUCCAAGAGACAAAGCUUGUCAAAGAAAUAAAUGUAGAAAUCCUUGCCCAGGAACAUGUGGCACUAAUGCUCAGUGUGAUGUGAUUAAUCAUAUUCCAACUUGUUCCUGCCCUCAGUCAUUUACUGGAGAUCCAUUUACUCACUGCAGACCAAUACCAGCAGAUAGCUUAAAGCCAAAAGAUCUUUGCAAUCCAUCUCCUUGUGGACCUAACAGUCAAUGCAGAGCACCAAAUGGAGUUGCUGUAUGUUCAUGCCUUGCUGGAUAUGUGGGCUCUCCUCCAUCUUGUAAACCAGAAUGCAUUCUAAGCAACGAAUGCUCUCAGACCCAGGCUUGUGUUAACAACAAGUGUACAGAUCCAUGUGCUGGUUCUUGUGGCCUCAAUGCUCGUUGUCAAGUUAUAAACCAUAGCCCAAUCUGCUCUUGCCCACCUGGAAACACAGGAGAUCCUUUUAGAAGUUGCUAUCCAUUACCAAUUCCUGCUCCAAGUGAUGAGGAAACUCCUAAAAAUCCUUGUGCCCCAUCUCCAUGUGGCCCGAACUCACAAUGUCAAGCUUCUGGAAAAGAGGCAUCAUGUUCAUGUCUUCCUAACUAUGUUGGUGCACCUCCAAAUUGUCGCCCGGAAUGUGUCAUUAAUCCAGACUGUUCGACCAACCAAGCUUGUAUAAAUAAUAAAUGUACUGAUCCAUGCAUUGGAACCUGUGGUCUCAAUGCUCAAUGUGCUGUUAUAAGUCAUGCAGUUACUUGCACAUGUCUUCAGGGAUACACUGGCAAUGCUUUCAUUCAAUGCUUAGAACAGAAACAUGAGGUUGUAAAUCCAUGUGAACCAUCACCUUGUGGUCCUAAUGCUGUCUGUACCCAGAAGAAUAAUGCUGGCUCUUGUGCAUGUAUUGCGGAUUACACAGGAAAUCCUUAUGAAGGUUGCCGACCAGAAUGUGUCUUAAGUUCCGAUUGUCCAACUGAUAAAGCAUGCAUUCGUAAUAAAUGCCAAGACCCUUGCCCAGGUGUCUGUGGAUCUAAUGCUCAAUCUGUUACUGAAGCAGCACCAGUAGAUCCUUGUAAACCUUCUCCUUGUGGUCCAAACAGUCAAUGUAGAACUGUAAAUGGUCAAGCAGUAUGCUCAUGUGCACCAGAAUUUUCAGGAUCUCCUCCUAACUGUCGUCCUGAAUGUGUAGUUAACUCUGAAUGUCCUACAAAUAGAGCUUGCUACAAGCAUAAAUGCACUGACCCUUGCCCAGGAACAUGUGGAAUCAAUGCUCGAUGUCAGGUUAUAAACCAUAGCCCGAUUUGCUCAUGUUUAACAGGACAAACUGGAGACCCUUUUACAAGAUGCUAUCCUAUGCCAGUAACACCUGAACCAGUGAAGCCAACUAAUCCAUGUUUGCCUAACCCCUGUGGUCAAAAUUCUCAUUGUCAAGUUGCAGAAGGAAACCAGGCCUCAUGUUCUUGUCAAGCAAAUUAUAUUGGUUCUCCACCAAACUGUCGCCCAGAAUGCUUGGUCAAUACUGAUUGUCCAACAACUCAGGCUUGUAUAACCGAAAAAUGCAGAGAUCCUUGCCAAGGUUCUUGUGGACUUAAUGCUGAAUGCCGAGUCCAGAAUCAUAUUCCUAAUUGUUACUGUGCUCAAGGUUUUAGUGGAGAUCCAUUCACUCAAUGUUCUCAGAUAAUAGAAAAACCUAAACCUGUGGAGGAAUCUGACCCAUGUACAUUAUGUGGUGUCAACACUAACUGCAAUAAUGGAGUCUGCAUAUGUCUUCCCAGUUACUUUGGAGAUCCUCUCAAAGGCUGUAGACCAGAAUGUACAAUGAACUCAGAUUGUUCUAGAGAAAAAGCAUGUGUUAAUCAGCAUUGUAUAGAUCCAUGUCCAGGAACAUGUGGACAAGGAGCUGUAUGCAAUGUUAUUAAUCACAUACCUACCUGUUCAUGCCCCCCACCAACAUCUGGCGAUCCUUUUGUACUCUGCAAAAAUAAACCUGUUGAAACACCCAGAGACCCAUGUUCACCUUCACCUUGUGGGCCAAAUAGCAUUUGUCGUGUGUCAGAUGGACAUGCAGUAUGUUCUUGUGCUCCAGGACAGGUGGGAACACCACCUCAAUGUCGCCCAGAAUGUGUUGUUAGUGCUGAAUGUCCCUUGACUCAGGCUUGUCUGAAUAACAAAUGCCGUGACCCUUGUCCUGGUAUUUGUGGCCUUGGAGCACGCUGCAAUGUUGUAAACCAUAACCCUAUCUGCUCUUGCCCGUCAGGGCAAACUGGUGAUCCUUUUAGGCAGUGCUUCCCGAUUCCAGCUACACCAAAGCCAGUGGAGCCAGUGAACCCCUGUGAACCUUCACCAUGUGGUCCCAAUUCACAGUGUCAUGUUCGUGGUGACAAUCCGGCUUGUUCAUGCAUGACAAAUUAUAUCGGUGUUCCGCCUAAUUGCCGUCCAGAGUGUACAAUAAAUCCGGAAUGUGGCUCAAAUAGAGCAUGUGUUAAUCAAAAAUGUAUUGAUCCGUGCCCCGGUUCUUGUGGUGCAAACGCGGUCUGCUCAGUUGUGAAUCAUACCCCGAUAUGUUCGUGCUCGCAAGGGCAUACCGGUGAUCCAUUUACAUCAUGCUCACCUAUUCCAGUUGAAUCAAUCCAAGAGAAGCCGACCCCUUGCCAGCCUUCGCCUUGCGGUGCCAAUGCCGUCUGCAGGGAACAGAACGGUGCGGGUUCUUGCUCAUGUCUACCGGAAUACAUCGGCAAUCCAUAUGAGGGAUGCAGACCAGAGUGCGUCCACAAUACCGAUUGUCCUUCCAACAAAGCCUGCAUUAGGAAUAAGUGUCAGGAUCCUUGUCCUGGAACUUGCGGACAGAACGCGGAUUGCCAAGUCGUGAACCACCUACCUUCCUGCACAUGCAAUCCAGGAUACAUCGGCGAUCCUUUCCGAUUCUGCAACAUAGCACCGCCGAAACAACCGGAUACACCAGUAGACCCGUGCAACCCAUCACCCUGCGGACCGAAUAGCCAGUGCAAAGUAAACAACGGGCAAGCUAUCUGCUCAUGCUUGGUGAAUUACGUCGGCUCUCCGCCGGGUUGUAGACCGGAGUGCGUCGUCAGUUCAGAAUGUUCAUCCGACAAAGCCUGCGUGAAUCAGAAAUGUAUCGAUCCCUGUCCAGGAACAUGCGGCCAGAACGCGCAGUGCCAGGUCAUCAAUCACAGUCCAAUCUGUUCAUGCCGCUCAGGUUAUACAGGAGACCCGUUUUCCAGAUGUUACCGAAUUCCACCUCCACCGCCACCUGCUCAAUCUCCAGUGCUUCUAAAUCCCUGCGUGCCCUCGCCUUGCGGACCAUACUCGCAGUGCAGGGACAGCGGCGGAACUCCAUCGUGCUCAUGCCUGCCCGAAUAUACUGGCUCACCGCCCAACUGCAGACCGGAGUGUACCAUCAACCCGGAAUGUCCCAGUAAUCUAGCCUGUAUGAGGGAGAAAUGCAGAGACCCAUGUCCGGGCUCGUGCGGCACAGGAGCUCAUUGCAGCGUCAUUAAUCACACCCCUAUUUGCACAUGUCCUGAAGGUUAUACAGGAGACCCCUUCACGAACUGUUUCCCAAAACCACCGCCACCGCCCGAACCUCAGGAGAGCGAUCCCUGCCAUCCGUCUCCGUGCGGAGCGAACGCCGAGUGCAACGACGGCGUAUGCACCUGCCUGCUCGAGUACCAAGGAGACCCUUACACCGGAUGCAGACCCGAAUGCGUACUUAACAACGACUGUCCAAGGAAUCGAGCAUGCAUCAGGAAUAAAUGUACCGACCCUUGCCCCGGAACCUGUGGACAGGAAGCGCAAUGCGAUGUGAUUAAUCACAUUCCUGUGUGCUCCUGCCCUCCCGGAAAGUCGGGAAAUCCGUUCAUUGAGUGUAGGCCUGUUGCUGCUCCUGUCGACAGCACACCUUGCCAACCAUCUCCUUGCGGUCCGUACAGUCAGUGCAGAGCUGUGAACGGACAGUCCGUCUGCUCUUGCUUGGCGGGAUACAAAGGAAUGCCACCAUCCUGUAGACCGGAAUGCGUCGUCAACUCCGACUGCGGAAGAAACGAAGCCUGCAGUAACCAGAAAUGCAGGAAUCCAUGUCCGGGAACCUGCGGUGUUGGUGCGAGAUGCGAAGUCGUCAAUCACAAUCCUAUCUGCAGUUGUCCUCCCCGAUAUACCGGAGAUCCGUUCGUCCGAUGCAGACCCAUACCCGAUCAACCUAUACAACAGCGGCCCGAGAACCCUUGCAUACCAUCGCCAUGUGGUCCCAACUCACAGUGUAAGGUAUCUGGAGACAGUCCGUCAUGUUCCUGCUUGCCAGACUUCCUCGGAGUACCGCCCAACUGCAGGCCCGAAUGUGUCAGCAACGGCGAAUGUUCCAGUCACCUCGCCUGUAUCCGUCAGAAAUGCGUUGACCCAUGCCCAAAUACGUGCGGCUCCAACGCUAUUUGCCGAGUCGUUAGUCACACCCCGCAGUGCUUGUGCUCUACUGGUUACACUGGUGAUCCUUUCGUCAGUUGUACUCCUUUUCAAUCUGAGCCAGUCCAAGAGAAGCCGACCCCUUGCCAGCCUUCGCCUUGCGGUGCCAAUGCCGUCUGCAGGGAACAGAACGGUGCGGGUUCUUGCUCAUGUCUACCGGAAUACAUCGGCAAUCCAUAUGAGGGAUGCAGACCAGAGUGCGUCCACAAUACCGAUUGUCCUUCCAACAAAGCCUGCAUUAGGAAUAAGUGUCAGGAUCCUUGUCCUGGAACUUGCGGACAGAACGCGGAUUGCCAAGUCGUGAACCACCUACCUUCCUGCACAUGCAAUCCAGGAUACAUCGGCGAUCCUUUCCGAUUCUGCAACAUAGCACCGCCGAAACAACCGGAUACACCAGUAGACCCGUGCAACCCAUCACCCUGCGGACCGAAUAGCCAGUGCAAAGUAAACAACGGGCAAGCUAUCUGCUCAUGCUUGGUGAAUUACGUCGGCUCUCCGCCGGGUUGUAGACCGGAGUGCGUCGUCAGUUCAGAAUGUUCAUCCGACAAAGCCUGCGUGAAUCAGAAAUGUAUCGAUCCCUGUCCAGGAACAUGCGGCCAGAACGCGCAGUGCCAGGUCAUCAAUCACAGUCCAAUCUGUUCAUGCCGCUCAGGUUAUACAGGAGACCCGUUUUCCAGAUGUUACCGAAUUCCACCUCCACCGCCACCUGCUCAAUCUCCAGUGCUUCUAAAUCCCUGCGUGCCCUCGCCUUGCGGACCAUACUCGCAGUGCAGGGACAGCGGCGGAACUCCAUCGUGCUCAUGCCUGCCCGAAUAUACUGGCUCACCGCCCAACUGCAGACCGGAGUGUACCAUCAACCCGGAAUGUCCCAGUAAUCUAGCCUGUAUGAGGGAGAAAUGCAGAGACCCAUGUCCGGGCUCGUGCGGCACAGGAGCUCAUUGCAGCGUCAUUAAUCACACCCCUAUUUGCACAUGUCCUGAAGGUUAUACAGGAGACCCCUUCACGAACUGUUUCCCAAAACCACCGCCACCGCCCGAACCUCAGGAGAGCGAUCCCUGCCAUCCGUCUCCGUGCGGAGCGAACGCCGAGUGCAACGACGGCGUAUGCACCUGCCUGCUCGAGUACCAAGGAGACCCUUACACCGGAUGCAGACCCGAAUGCGUACUUAACAACGACUGUCCAAGGAAUCGAGCAUGCAUCAGGAAUAAAUGUACCGACCCUUGCCCCGGAACCUGUGGACAGGAAGCGCAAUGCGAUGUGAUUAAUCACAUUCCUGUGUGCUCCUGCCCUCCCGGAAAGUCGGGAAAUCCGUUCAUUGAGUGUAGGCCUGUUGCUGCUCCUGUCGACAGCACACCUUGCCAACCAUCUCCUUGCGGUCCGUACAGUCAGUGCAGAGCUGUGAACGGACAGUCCGUCUGCUCUUGCUUGGCGGGAUACAAAGGAAUGCCACCAUCCUGUAGACCGGAAUGCGUCGUCAACUCCGACUGCGGAAGAAACGAAGCCUGCAGUAACCAGAAAUGCAGGAAUCCAUGUCCGGGAACCUGCGGUGUUGGUGCGAGAUGCGAAGUCGUCAAUCACAAUCCUAUCUGCAGUUGUCCUCCCCGAUAUACCGGAGAUCCGUUCGUCCGAUGCAGACCCAUACCCGAUCAACCUAUACAACAGCGGCCCGAGAACCCUUGCAUACCAUCGCCAUGUGGUCCCAACUCACAGUGUAAGGUAUCUGGAGACAGUCCGUCAUGUUCCUGCUUGCCAGACUUUCUCGGAGUACCGCCCAACUGCAGGCCCGAAUGUGUCAGCAACGGCGAAUGUUCCAGUCACCUCGCCUGUAUCCGUCAGAAAUGCGUUGACCCAUGCCCAAAUACGUGCGGCUCCAACGCUAUUUGCCGAGUCGUUAGUCACACCCCGCAGUGCUUGUGCUCUACUGGUUACACUGGUGAUCCUUUCGUCAGUUGUACUCCUUUUCAAUCUGAGCCAGUCCAAGAGAAGCCGACCCCUUGCCAGCCUUCGCCUUGCGGUGCCAAUGCCGUCUGCAGGGAACAGAACGGUGCGGGUUCUUGCUCAUGUCUACCGGAAUACAUCGGCAAUCCAUAUGAGGGAUGCAGACCAGAGUGCGUCCACAAUACCGAUUGUCCUUCCAACAAAGCCUGCAUUAGGAAUAAGUGUCAGGAUCCUUGUCCUGGAACUUGCGGACAGAACGCGGAUUGCCAAGUCGUGAACCACCUACCUUCCUGCACAUGCAAUCCAGGAUACAUCGGCGAUCCUUUCCGAUUCUGCAACAUAGCACCGCCGAAACAACCGGAUACACCAGUAGACCCGUGCAACCCAUCACCCUGCGGACCGAAUAGCCAGUGCAAAGUAAACAACGGGCAAGCUAUCUGCUCAUGCUUGGUGAAUUACGUCGGCUCUCCGCCGGGUUGUAGACCGGAGUGCGUCGUCAGUUCAGAAUGUUCAUCCGACAAAGCCUGCGUGAAUCAGAAAUGUAUCGAUCCCUGUCCAGGAACAUGCGGCCAGAACGCGCAGUGCCAGGUCAUCAAUCACAGUCCAAUCUGUUCAUGCCGCUCAGGUUAUACAGGAGACCCGUUUUCCAGAUGUUACCGAAUUCCACCUCCACCGCCACCUGCUCAAUCUCCAGUGCUUCUAAAUCCCUGCGUGCCCUCGCCUUGCGGACCAUACUCGCAGUGCAGGGACAGCGGCGGAACUCCAUCGUGCUCAUGCCUGCCCGAAUAUACUGGCUCACCGCCCAACUGCAGACCGGAGUGUACCAUCAACCCGGAAUGUCCCAGUAAUCUAGCCUGUAUGAGGGAGAAAUGCAGAGACCCAUGUCCGGGCUCGUGCGGCACAGGAGCUCAUUGCAGCGUCAUUAAUCACACCCCUAUUUGCACAUGUCCUGAAGGUUAUACAGGAGACCCCUUCACGAACUGUUUCCCAAAACCACCGCCACCGCCCGAACCUCAGGAGAGCGAUCCCUGCCAUCCGUCUCCGUGCGGAGCGAACGCCGAGUGCAACGACGGCGUAUGCACCUGCCUGCUCGAGUACCAAGGAGACCCUUACACCGGAUGCAGACCCGAAUGCGUACUUAACAACGACUGUCCAAGGAAUCGAGCAUGCAUCAGGAAUAAAUGUACCGACCCUUGCCCCGGAACCUGUGGACAGGAAGCGCAAUGCGAUGUGAUUAAUCACAUUCCUGUGUGCUCCUGCCCUCCCGGAAAGUCGGGAAAUCCGUUCAUUGAGUGUAGGCCUGUUGCUGCUCCUGUCGACAGCACACCUUGCCAACCAUCUCCUUGCGGUCCGUACAGUCAGUGCAGAGCUGUGAACGGACAGUCCGUCUGCUCUUGCUUGGCGGGAUACAAAGGAAUGCCACCAUCCUGUAGACCGGAAUGCGUCGUCAACUCCGACUGCGGAAGAAACGAAGCCUGCAGUAACCAGAAAUGCAGGAAUCCAUGUCCGGGAACCUGCGGUGUUGGUGCGAGAUGCGAAGUCGUCAAUCACAAUCCUAUCUGCAGUUGUCCUCCCCGAUAUACCGGAGAUCCGUUCGUCCGAUGCAGACCCAUACCCGAUCAACCUAUACAACAGCGGCCCGAGAACCCUUGCAUACCAUCGCCAUGUGGUCCCAACUCACAGUGUAAGGUAUCUGGAGACAGUCCGUCAUGUUCCUGCUUGCCAGACUUUCUCGGAGUACCGCCCAACUGCAGGCCCGAAUGUGUCAGCAACGGCGAAUGUUCCAGUCACCUCGCCUGUAUCCGUCAGAAAUGCGUUGACCCAUGCCCAAAUACGUGCGGCUCCAACGCUAUUUGCCGAGUCGUUAGUCACACCCCGCAGUGCUUGUGCUCUACUGGUUACACUGGUGAUCCUUUCGUCAGUUGUACUCCUUUUCAAUCUGAGCCAGUCCAAGAGAAGCCGACCCCUUGCCAGCCUUCGCCUUGCGGUGCCAAUGCCGUCUGCAGGGAACAGAACGGUGCGGGUUCUUGCUCAUGUCUACCGGAAUACAUCGGCAAUCCAUAUGAGGGAUGCAGACCAGAGUGCGUCCACAAUACCGAUUGUCCUUCCAACAAAGCCUGCAUUAGGAAUAAGUGUCAGGAUCCUUGUCCUGGAACUUGCGGACAGAACGCGGAUUGCCAAGUCGUGAACCACCUACCUUCCUGCACAUGCAAUCCAGGAUACAUCGGCGAUCCUUUCCGAUUCUGCAACAUAGCACCGCCGAAACAACCGGAUACACCAGUAGACCCGUGCAACCCAUCACCCUGCGGACCGAAUAGCCAGUGCAAAGUAAACAACGGGCAAGCUAUCUGCUCAUGCUUGGUGAAUUACGUCGGCUCUCCGCCGGGUUGUAGACCGGAGUGCGUCGUCAGUUCAGAAUGUUCAUCCGACAAAGCCUGCGUGAAUCAGAAAUGUAUCGAUCCCUGUCCAGGAACAUGCGGCCAGAACGCGCAGUGCCAGGUCAUCAAUCACAGUCCAAUCUGUUCAUGCCGCUCAGGUUAUACAGGAGACCCGUUUUCCAGAUGUUACCGAAUUCCACCUCCACCGCCACCUGCUCAAUCUCCAGUGCUUCUAAAUCCCUGCGUGCCCUCGCCUUGCGGACCAUACUCGCAGUGCAGGGACAGCGGCGGAACUCCAUCGUGCUCAUGCCUGCCCGAAUAUACUGGCUCACCGCCCAACUGCAGACCGGAGUGUACCAUCAACCCGGAAUGUCCCAGUAAUCUAGCCUGUAUGAGGGAGAAAUGCAGAGACCCAUGUCCGGGCUCGUGCGGCACAGGAGCUCAUUGCAGCGUCAUUAAUCACACCCCUAUUUGCACAUGUCCUGAAGGUUAUACAGGAGACCCCUUCACGAACUGUUUCCCAAAACCACCGCCACCGCCCGAACCUCAGGAGAGCGAUCCCUGCCAUCCGUCUCCGUGCGGAGCGAACGCCGAGUGCAACGACGGCGUAUGCACCUGCCUGCUCGAGUACCAAGGAGACCCUUACACCGGAUGCAGACCCGAAUGCGUACUUAACAACGACUGUCCAAGGAAUCGAGCAUGCAUCAGGAAUAAAUGUACCGACCCUUGCCCCGGAACCUGUGGACAGGAAGCGCAAUGCGAUGUGAUUAAUCACAUUCCUGUGUGCUCCUGCCCUCCCGGAAAGUCGGGAAAUCCGUUCAUUGAGUGUAGGCCUGUUGCUGCUCCUGUCGACAGCACACCUUGCCAACCAUCUCCUUGCGGUCCGUACAGUCAGUGCAGAGCUGUGAACGGACAGUCCGUCUGCUCUUGCUUGGCGGGAUACAAAGGAAUGCCACCAUCCUGUAGACCGGAAUGCGUCGUCAACUCCGACUGCGGAAGAAACGAAGCCUGCAGUAACCAGAAAUGCAGGAAUCCAUGUCCGGGAACCUGCGGUGUUGGUGCGAGAUGCGAAGUCGUCAAUCACAAUCCUAUCUGCAGUUGUCCUCCCCGAUAUACCGGAGAUCCGUUCGUCCGAUGCAGACCCAUACCCGAUCAACCUAUACAACAGCGGCCCGAGAACCCUUGCAUACCAUCGCCAUGUGGUCCCAACUCACAGUGUAAGGUAUCUGGAGACAGUCCGUCAUGUUCCUGCUUGCCAGACUUUCUCGGAGUACCGCCCAACUGCAGGCCCGAAUGUGUCAGCAACGGCGAAUGUUCCAGUCACCUCGCCUGUAUCCGUCAGAAAUGCGUUGACCCAUGCCCAAAUACGUGCGGCUCCAACGCUAUUUGCCGAGUCGUUAGUCACACCCCGCAGUGCUUGUGCUCUACUGGUUACACUGGUGAUCCUUUCGUCAGUUGUACUCCUUUUCAAUCUGAGCCAGUCCAAGAGAAGCCGACCCCUUGCCAGCCUUCGCCUUGCGGUGCCAAUGCCGUCUGCAGGGAACAGAACGGUGCGGGUUCUUGCUCAUGUCUACCGGAAUACAUCGGCAAUCCAUAUGAGGGAUGCAGACCAGAGUGCGUCCACAAUACCGAUUGUCCUUCCAACAAAGCCUGCAUUAGGAAUAAGUGUCAGGAUCCUUGUCCUGGAACUUGCGGACAGAACGCGGAUUGCCAAGUCGUGAACCACCUACCUUCCUGCACAUGCAAUCCAGGAUACAUCGGCGAUCCUUUCCGAUUCUGCAACAUAGCACCGCCGAAACAACCGGAUACACCAGUAGACCCGUGCAACCCAUCACCCUGCGGACCGAAUAGCCAGUGCAAAGUAAACAACGGGCAAGCUAUCUGCUCAUGCUUGGUGAAUUACGUCGGCUCUCCGCCGGGUUGUAGACCGGAGUGCGUCGUCAGUUCAGAAUGUUCAUCCGACAAAGCCUGCGUGAAUCAGAAAUGUAUCGAUCCCUGUCCAGGAACAUGCGGCCAGAACGCGCAGUGCCAGGUCAUCAAUCACAGUCCAAUCUGUUCAUGCCGCUCAGGUUAUACAGGAGACCCGUUUUCCAGAUGUUACCGAAUUCCACCUCCACCGCCACCUGCUCAAUCUCCAGUGCUUCUAAAUCCCUGCGUGCCCUCGCCUUGCGGACCAUACUCGCAGUGCAGGGACAGCGGCGGAACUCCAUCGUGCUCAUGCCUGCCCGAAUAUACUGGCUCACCGCCCAACUGCAGACCGGAGUGUACCAUCAACCCGGAAUGUCCCAGUAAUCUAGCCUGUAUGAGGGAGAAAUGCAGAGACCCAUGUCCGGGCUCGUGCGGCACAGGAGCUCAUUGCAGCGUCAUUAAUCACACCCCUAUUUGCACAUGUCCUGAAGGUUAUACAGGAGACCCCUUCACGAACUGUUUCCCAAAACCACCGCCACCGCCCGAACCUCAGGAGAGCGAUCCCUGCCAUCCGUCUCCGUGCGGAGCGAACGCCGAGUGCAACGACGGCGUAUGCACCUGCCUGCUCGAGUACCAAGGAGACCCUUACACCGGAUGCAGACCCGAAUGCGUACUUAACAACGACUGUCCAAGGAAUCGAGCAUGCAUCAGGAAUAAAUGUACCGACCCUUGCCCCGGAACCUGUGGACAGGAAGCGCAAUGCGAUGUGAUUAAUCACAUUCCUGUGUGCUCCUGCCCUCCCGGAAAGUCGGGAAAUCCGUUCAUUGAGUGUAGGCCUGUUGCUGCUCCUGUCGACAGCACACCUUGCCAACCAUCUCCUUGCGGUCCGUACAGUCAGUGCAGAGCUGUGAACGGACAGUCCGUCUGCUCUUGCUUGGCGGGAUACAAAGGAAUGCCACCAUCCUGUAGACCGGAAUGCGUCGUCAACUCCGACUGCGGAAGAAACGAAGCCUGCAGUAACCAGAAAUGCAGGAAUCCAUGUCCGGGAACCUGCGGUGUUGGUGCGAGAUGCGAAGUCGUCAAUCACAAUCCUAUCUGCAGUUGUCCUCCCCGAUAUACCGGAGAUCCGUUCGUCCGAUGCAGACCCAUACCCGAUCAACCUAUACAACAGCGGCCCGAGAACCCUUGCAUACCAUCGCCAUGUGGUCCCAACUCACAGUGUAAGGUAUCUGGAGACAGUCCGUCAUGUUCCUGCUUGCCAGACUUUCUCGGAGUACCGCCCAACUGCAGGCCCGAAUGUGUCAGCAACGGCGAAUGUUCCAGUCACCUCGCCUGUAUCCGUCAGAAAUGCGUUGACCCAUGCCCAAAUACGUGCGGCUCCAACGCUAUUUGCCGAGUCGUUAGUCACACCCCGCAGUGCUUGUGCUCUACUGGUUACACUGGUGAUCCUUUCGUCAGUUGUACUCCUUUUCAAUCUGAGCCAGUCCAAGAGAAGCCGACCCCUUGCCAGCCUUCGCCUUGCGGUGCCAAUGCCGUCUGCAGGGAACAGAACGGUGCGGGUUCUUGCUCAUGUCUACCGGAAUACAUCGGCAAUCCAUAUGAGGGAUGCAGACCAGAGUGCGUCCACAAUACCGAUUGUCCUUCCAACAAAGCCUGCAUUAGGAAUAAGUGUCAGGAUCCUUGUCCUGGAACUUGCGGACAGAACGCGGAUUGCCAAGUCGUGAACCACCUACCUUCCUGCACAUGCAAUCCAGGAUACAUCGGCGAUCCUUUCCGAUUCUGCAACAUAGCACCGCCGAAACAACCGGAUACACCAGUAGACCCGUGCAACCCAUCACCCUGCGGACCGAAUAGCCAGUGCAAAGUAAACAACGGGCAAGCUAUCUGCUCAUGCUUGGUGAAUUACGUCGGCUCUCCGCCGGGUUGUAGACCGGAGUGCGUCGUCAGUUCAGAAUGUUCAUCCGACAAAGCCUGCGUGAAUCAGAAAUGUAUCGAUCCCUGUCCAGGAACAUGCGGCCAGAACGCGCAGUGCCAGGUCAUCAAUCACAGUCCAAUCUGUUCAUGCCGCUCAGGUUAUACAGGAGACCCGUUUUCCAGAUGUUACCGAAUUCCACCUCCACCGCCACCUGCUCAAUCUCCAGUGCUUCUAAAUCCCUGCGUGCCCUCGCCUUGCGGACCAUACUCGCAGUGCAGGGACAGCGGCGGAACUCCAUCGUGCUCAUGCCUGCCCGAAUAUACUGGCUCACCGCCCAACUGCAGACCGGAGUGUACCAUCAACCCGGAAUGUCCCAGUAAUCUAGCCUGUAUGAGGGAGAAAUGCAGAGACCCAUGUCCGGGCUCGUGCGGCACAGGAGCUCAUUGCAGCGUCAUUAAUCACACCCCUAUUUGCACAUGUCCUGAAGGUUAUACAGGAGACCCCUUCACGAACUGUUUCCCAAAACCACCGCCACCGCCCGAACCUCAGGAGAGCGAUCCCUGCCAUCCGUCUCCGUGCGGAGCGAACGCCGAGUGCAACGACGGCGUAUGCACCUGCCUGCUCGAGUACCAAGGAGACCCUUACACCGGAUGCAGACCCGAAUGCGUACUUAACAACGACUGUCCAAGGAAUCGAGCAUGCAUCAGGAAUAAAUGUACCGACCCUUGCCCCGGAACCUGUGGACAGGAAGCGCAAUGCGAUGUGAUUAAUCACAUUCCUGUGUGCUCCUGCCCUCCCGGAAAGUCGGGAAAUCCGUUCAUUGAGUGUAGGCCUGUUGCUGCUCCUGUCGACAGCACACCUUGCCAACCAUCUCCUUGCGGUCCGUACAGUCAGUGCAGAGCUGUGAACGGACAGUCCGUCUGCUCUUGCUUGGCGGGAUACAAAGGAAUGCCACCAUCCUGUAGACCGGAAUGCGUCGUCAACUCCGACUGCGGAAGAAACGAAGCCUGCAGUAACCAGAAAUGCAGGAAUCCAUGUCCGGGAACCUGCGGUGUUGGUGCGAGAUGCGAAGUCGUCAAUCACAAUCCUAUCUGCAGUUGUCCUCCCCGAUAUACCGGAGAUCCGUUCGUCCGAUGCAGACCCAUACCCGAUCAACCUAUACAACAGCGGCCCGAGAACCCUUGCAUACCAUCGCCAUGUGGUCCCAACUCACAGUGUAAGGUAUCUGGAGACAGUCCGUCAUGUUCCUGCUUGCCGGACUUUCUCGGAGCCCCGCCCAACUGCAAGCCUGAAUGUGUCAGCAAUGGAGAAUGUUCAAGUCAUUUAGCAUGCAUUAAUAAAAAAUGUAAAGAUCCAUGUCCAAAUACUUGUGGUACCAAUGCCAUCUGUCGUGUUGUGAGUCAUACUCCACAGUGCUUGUGUCCUCCUGGUUACACUGGAGAUCCAUUUAUACAGUGUACAGUUUUUAAACCGAUACCUGUGGAAAUUGCAUCACCAUGUCAACCAUCCCCUUGUGGUGCUAAUGCUGUAUGCAGAGAACAUAAUGGUGCUGGCUCUUGCUCAUGUCUCCCUGAAUAUAUUGGUAAUCCUUAUGAAGGAUGUAGACCAGAGUGUGUCCUCAAUACUGAUUGCCCUUCCAACAAAGCAUGUAUUAGAAAUAAAUGUGAGGAUCCUUGUCCCGGAACUUGUGGGCAGAAUGCUGAGUGCCAGGUUGUCAACCACUUACCAUCCUGUACUUGUAAACUUGGUCAUACUGGAGAUCCAUUCCGACUUUGCAACUUAAUUAUAGACGCACGCCAAUUAUAUUUUUCAAUAGCUGCUGAAAAAGUUCCUGUAGAUCCAUGUAAUCCAUCGCCCUGCGGUCCAAACAGUCAGUGUAAAGUCAAUAAUGGGCAGGCUAUUUGUUCUUGCUUGGCAAAUUAUGUUGGCACUCCGCCAGGAUGUAGGCCUGAAUGUGUUGUCAGCUCUGAAUGUACAUCUAAUAAAGCCUGUGUGAAUCAAAAGUGCAUUGAUCCCUGUCCAGGAACUUGUGGUCAAAAUGCUCAGUGCCAAGUAAUAAAUCAUAGUCCAAUAUGCUCCUGUCGUGCUGGUUACACAGGAGAUCCAUUUUCGCGAUGCUACCAUAUUCCACCUCCUCCAACCAAACCAGUUCAAAUUAUAACCAACCCAUGUCUUCCUUCUCCAUGUGGGCCUUAUUCGCAGUGCAGAGAUAGUGGCGGUACUCCAUCAUGCUCAUGUCUACCUGAAUAUAAAGGUUCUCCUCCCAACUGCAGACCAGAAUGUUCUAUCAACGCUGAGUGUCCAAGUAUUUUAUCUUGUAUAAGAGAAAAGUGUCGAGAUCCUUGCCCUGGUUCUUGCGGCUCUGGAGCUGAGUGUAGUGUUAUUAACCAUACACCGAUUUGCACAUGUCCCAAUGGCUACACUGGAGACCCAUUCACCAAUUGUGUUCCAAAACCAGCAACACUUGAAUCAUCUCCAUGUCAACCUUCUCCAUGUGGACCUAACAGUCAAUGCCGAGCUGUAAAUGGACAAUCUGUAUGCUCUUGCUUGGAAGGAUAUAAAGGAAUGCCACCUUCCUGUAGGCCUGAAUGUGUUGUUAACUCUGAUUGUGAAAGGGAUGAAGCUUGCAGUAAUCAAAAAUGUAGAAAUCCUUGUACAGGAACUUGUGGAAUUGGAGCCAGAUGUCAAGUUGUAAAUCAUAACCCUAUAUGUAGUUGUCCUCCAAGAUAUACUGGAGAUCCAUUUUUCCGUUGCCACGCAAUACCUGAAGUUCUCCCUCCACAACCACCACAAAAUCCGUGCUUACCAUCUCCAUGCGGCCCUCACUCACAGUGUAAAGUUUCAGGGGAUAGUCCAUCAUGCUCUUGCUUACCAGAUUUCUUAGGAGUACCACCUAGCUGCAGGCCAGAAUGUAUCAGUAAUGGGGAAUGCACAAGUCAUCUUGCUUGUAUCAAUCAGAAAUGCAAAAAUCCUUGUCCCAACACUUGUGGCUCUAAUACUGAUUGUCAAGUAAUUAGUCACACUCCACAUUGUGUCUGUAGACCUGGUUUUACAGGAGAUCCAUUCAUACAAUGUACCAUUGUACAACCUGAUCCUAUAUCAGAAAUAAUCACACCAUGUCAGCCGUCACCUUGUGGAGCCAAUGCCAUCUGCAGGGAGCAGAAUGGUGCAGGUUCUUGCUCAUGUCUUGCAGAAUAUAUUGGUAAUCCUUAUGAGGGAUGUAGACCAGAGUGCGUCUUGAAUUCUGACUGUCCUUCUAACAAAGCUUGCGUAAAAAACAAAUGCCAAGAUCCAUGUCCAGGAACCUGUGGUCAAAAUGCAGAAUGUCAUGUUGUUAACCAUAUUCCCAUAUGUACUUGCAAUUCUGGAUACACAGGAGACCCAUUCAAAUACUGCAAUUUAAUUCCUACAAUACCAAUUAAUCCAUGCAAUCCAACUCCUUGUGGCCCCAACAGUCAAUGUAAAGUUAAUAAUGACCAGGCCAUUUGUUCAUGUCUGCCACAAUAUAUUGGAUCGCCUCCAGGUUGUAGACCAGAAUGUGUAGUCAGUGCUGAAUGUCCAUCAAACAAGGCAUGCAUGAAUCAAAAGUGUGUGGACCCUUGCAUAGGGACUUGUGGUCAAAACGCACUAUGUCAAGUUAUCAAUCAUAGUCCCAUCUGCUCUUGUAAACCUAGCUACACUGGAGAUCCAUUUACCAGAUGUCAUCUAAUGCCCAAACCUCCUCAACCACCUUCUGCUCCUCAAUACUUUAAUCCAUGUGUACCUUCACCUUGCGGGCCGAAUUCACAAUGUAGAAAUAUUGGCAUGACACCUUCCUGCUCUUGUCUGCCAGAAUAUACUGGAUCUCCUCCAAAUUGUAGACCUGAAUGUUCUAUCAAUGCAGAAUGCUCAAGUAACUUAGCUUGUAUAAGAGAAAAAUGCCGAGAUCCGUGUCCUGGUUCAUGCGGUAUUGGAGCUCAAUGUAGUGUUAUAAACCACACACCGAUAUGUUCAUGUCCUCCUAGCUAUACUGGAGACCCAUUCACCAACUGUGUACCAAAACCUCCACCACCACCAGAGCCAGUAGCAACUGAUCCAUGUAAUCCUUCGCCUUGUGGACCUAAUACUCAAUGUUCUGAGGGAGUUUGUACCUGUCUACCAGAAUACCAAGGAGAUCCUUAUACUGGAUGUAGACCAGAAUGCAUUUUAAAUAAUGAAUGUCCACGAAAUAAAGCUUGUAUCAGGAAUAAAUGUACUGACCCAUGCCCUGGAACGUGUGGACAAGAUGCUCAUUGUGAAGUCUUAAAUCAUAUUCCAAUAUGUUCUUGUCCUUCUGGAAUGUCUGGCAAUCCAUUUAUACAGUGCAAACCGGUAGUUGUCGAAACAUCACCUUGUCAACCUUCUCCUUGUGGUCCAUAUAGUCAGUGCCGUGCAAUCAAUGGUCAAUCUGUUUGCUCUUGUUUAGAAGGUUACAAAGGCACACCUCCCUCUUGCAGGCCUGAGUGUGUAGUGAACUCAGAUUGUGGACGAAAUGAGGCAUCCAACAAUCCACCACCACAAUUGCCACAGAACCCAUGUGUUCCAUCACCAUGUGGGCCCAAUUCACAAUGUAAAGUCUCAGGGGAAAGCCCAUCUUGUUCUUGCUUGCCUGAUUUCCUAGGAGUUCCACCUAAUUGCAAACCAGAAUGUAUCAGCAAUGGAGAAUGCUCCAGCCAUCUCGCAUUGUCACCAGCUGAAGAUAAAUUGACCCCAUGCCAACCUUCUCCUUGUGGAGCUAAUGCACUAUGUAGAGAACAAAACGGUGCUGGAUCCUGUACUUGUUUGCCAGAAUACAUAGGAAACCCUUAUGAAGGUUGCAGGCCAGAAUGUGUUCUAAACAGUGAUUGUCCUUCAAAUAAAGCUUGUAUUAGAAAUAAGUGCCAAGAUCCUUGUCCUGGUACCUGUGGGCAGAAUGCAGAGUGCCAAGUAGUCAAUCAUCUUCCAUCAUGCACCUGCUACACUGGAUAUACUGGAGAUCCCUUUAAAUACUGUAAUCCAACUCCUCAAAAACCUGAAGCAUCACCUACGGAUCCUUGUAACCCAUCACCCUGUGGCCCUAACAGCCAAUGCAAAGUGAAUAAUGACCAAGCAAUAUGUUCUUGUUUGCCACAAUAUGUUGGGUCACCACCAGGAUGCCGCCCAGAAUGUGUUGUUAGUUCAGAAUGUACAUCAGACAAAGCUUGUAUAAAUCAAAAAUGUAAUGAUCCUUGUCCUGGAACAUGUGGACAGAAUGCUCGCUGUCAAGUAAUUAAUCACAGUCCUAUAUGCUCUUGUCAAGCUGGUCACACAGGGGAUCCAUUUUCCAGAUGUUAUCCUGUGCCUUCUUUACCAGAACCUACAUUGGCUCCAAAACCAGUAAAUCCUUGUGUACCAUCACCGUGUGGUCCUUAUGCUCAGUGCAGAGAUAGUGGUGGAACUGCUUCAUGCUCAUGUUUGCCAGAUUAUACAGGAGCGCCCCCUAACUGCAGACCUGAGUGCAGUAUAAAUGCUGAAUGUGCCAGCAACUUAGCUUGUAUCCGCGAAAAAUGUAGAGACCCAUGCCCAGGUUCAUGUGGAAUAGGAGCAGUUUGCAAUGUUUUCAGUCACAUUCCUGUUUGUACUUGUCCGGACGGUUAUACUGGUGAUCCAUUUACCAAUUGUGUUCCGAAACCCCCACCAAAACCAGACCCAGUUGCUACUGAUCCAUGUAAUCCUUCACCAUGUGGAUCUAAUACUCAAUGUGCUGAUGGGGUUUGUACAUGUCUCCCAGAAUACCAAGGAGAUCCUUACACUGGAUUUGAAUCAACUCCAUGUCAACCUUCUCCAUGUGGACCUAAUAGUCAAUGCCGAGCUGUAAAUGGACAAUCUGUCUGCUCUUGUUUAGAAGGGUAUAAAGGUAUGCCACCUAGUUGCAGGCCAGAAUGUGUUGUAAAUUCUGAUUGUGGUAGAAAUGAAGCUUGUAACAAUCAGAAAUGCAGAAAUCCAUGUACUGGAACAUGUGGAAUCGGAGCAAGAUGUGAAGUUGUUAAUCAUAAUCCUAUAUGCAGUUGUCCUCCUCAUUUUACUGGAGAUCCGUUUAUCCAAUGUCAACUUAUUCAAACAGUCAUAGAUAUAGCAAGACCAUGCCAACCAUCUCCUUGUGGAGCAAAUGCAAUCUGUAGAGAACAGAAUGGUGCUGGUUCUUGUACUUGCUUGCCAGAAUAUAUUGGUAAUCCUUAUGAGGGAUGCCGACCAGAAUGUGUUGUUAACACUGAUUGUCCUUCAAAUAGAGCUUGCAUUAGGAAUAAGUGUCAGGACCUUUGCCCAGGUACUUGUGGGCAGAAUGCUGUGUGCCAAGUUGUCAGCCAUCUACCUCUUUGUUCUUGCAACACUGGUUAUACAGGCGACCCCUUCAAAUACUGCAAUGUUAUUCUACCAAGUAUUGAAGAGCCAUCUAUAGAUCCUUGCAAUCCAUCUCCAUGUGGUGCAAAUAGUCAAUGCAAAGUAAAUAAUAAGCAAGCCAUAUGUUCUUGCCUACCAGAAUACAUUGGUUCUCCACCAGGAUGUAGACCUGAGUGUGUAGUGAGCUCUGAGUGCCCAUCAAAUAGAGCAUGCCUAAAUCAGAAAUGUAGUGAUCCAUGUCCAGGCACAUGUGGAAGAAAUUCACAAUGUCAAGUGAUUAAUCAUAGUCCUAUCUGCUCCUGUUUAUCUGGCUUUACUGGAGAUCCUUUUUCAUCUUGUCACCAAGUUCUAUUACUUCCUCCUCCACCAAAAGAACCUGUUAAUCCAUGUAUCCCAUCACCAUGUGGCCCUUAUUCACAGUGCCAGAGUAUUGGAGAUUCUCCAUCUUGUUCUUGCUUACCAGAUUACACAGGUUCACCUCCUAAUUGUCGACCUGAAUGCACAAUAAAUAGUGAAUGUCCCAGUGUUUUUGCUUGUCUCAGGGAAAAAUGCCGCGAUCCAUGUCCAGGUUCAUGUGGUUUAGGUGCAACAUGUAGUGUCAGGAAUCACAUACCAAUAUGCAUUUGUCAAGAAGGAUAUACAGGAGAUCCAUUUACAAACUGUCAUCCUAAACCACCUCCACUUUCCAUUGAAACUACACCCUGCCGUCCAUCACCUUGUGGUCCUUAUAGUCAGUGUCGAGCGAUUAAUGAUCAAUCAGUAUGUUCAUGUUUAGUUGGUUAUCAUGGAACUCCACCUAGUUGUAGGCCAGAAUGUGUUGUAAAUUCUGAUUGUGAUAGAAAUGAAGCAUGUAACAAUCAGAAAUGUAGAGAUCCUUGCCUUGGAACUUGUGGAAUAGGAGCUAGGUGUGAAGUUAUUAAUCACAAUCCAAUAUGCAGCUGUCCUAUAAGAUUUACUGGAGAUCCAUUUGUGCGAUGUCAGCCAAUAAUUGAAGUGAUACCAGAAAAACCGGUGGAAAAUCCAUGCAUACCAUCACCUUGUGGCCCCAAUUCUCAAUGUAAGGAGUCAGGAGCAAGUCCCUCAUGCUCAUGUUUACCUGAAUUUUUGGGUAUUCCACCUAAUUGUCGACCUGAAUGCAUAAGCAAUGGAGAAUGCUCAAGCCAUCUCGCAUGUAUCAAUCAGAAAUGUAAAGACCCAUGUCCGAAUACCUGUGGCGCCAAUGCUGAAUGUAGAGUUGUAAGCCACAUUCCACAAUGCAUUUGUUCAACAGGAUUUACUGGUGAUCCAUUCAUACAAUGUACUCCAGUUCAAUCUGAACCAGUUCAAGAAGUAAUAACCCCAUGCCAACCUUCUCCUUGUGGAGCUAAUGCACUAUGUAGAGAACAAAACGGUGCUGGAUCCUGUACUUGUUUGCCAGAAUACAUAGGAAACCCUUAUGAAGGUUGCAGGCCAGAAUGUGUUCUAAACAGUGAUUGUCCUUCAAAUAAAGCUUGUAUUAGAAAUAUGUGCCAAGAUCCUUGUCCUGGUACCUGUGGGCAGAAUGCAGAGUGCCAAGUAGUCAAUCAUCUUCCAUCAUGCACUUGCUACACUGGAUAUACUGGAGAUCCCUUUAAAUACUGUAAUCCAACUCCUCAAAAACCUGAAGCAUCACCUACGGAUCCUUGUAACCCAUCACCCUGUGGCCCUAACAGCCAAUGCAAAGUGAAUAAUGACCAAGCAAUAUGUUCUUGUUUGCCACAAUAUGUUGGGUCACCACCAGGAUGCCGCCCAGAAUGUGUUGUUAGUUCAGAAUGUACAUCAGACAAAGCUUGUAUAAAUCAAAAAUGUAAUGAUCCUUGUCCUGGAACAUGUGGACAGAAUGCUCGCUGUCAAGUAAUUAAUCACAGUCCUAUUUGCUCUUGUCAAGCUGGUCACACAGGGGAUCCAUUUUCCAGAUGUUAUCAUGUGCCUUCUUUACCAGAACCUACAUUGGCUCCAAAACCAGUAAAUCCUUGUGUACCAUCACCGUGUGGUCCUUAUGCUCAGUGCAGAGAUAGUGGUGGAACUGCUUCAUGCUCAUGUUUGCCAGAUUAUACAGGAGCGCCCCCUAACUGCAGACCUGAGUGCAGUAUAAAUGCUGAAUGUGCCAGCAACUUAGCUUGUAUCCGCGAAAAAUGUAGAGACCCAUGCCCAGGUUCAUGUGGAAUAGGAGCAGUUUGCAAUGUUUUCAGUCACAUUCCUGUUUGUACUUGUCCGGACGGUUAUACUGGUGAUCCAUUUACCAAUUGUGUUCCGAAACCCCCACCAAAACCAGACCCAGUUGCUACUGAUCCAUGUAAUCCUUCACCAUGUGGAUCUAAUACUCAAUGUGCUGAUGGGGUUUGUACAUGUCUACCAGAAUACCAAGAGGACAUUGCUACUCAACCUUGCACACCUUCUCCAUGUGGUCCAAAUAGUGUUUGUCGAGAACUUAACAAUCAAGCAAUUUGUGCAUGCUUGUCAGGAUAUUUGGGUUCACCACCAUCUUGUAGACCUGAAUGUGUGGUUAAUUCUGACUGUUCAUUAGAUAAAGCCUGUACAAAUUUGCACUGUAUGGAUCCUUGUCCAGGAAGUUGUGGUCUUAAUGCUGAAUGUGUUGUUAUAAAUCAUAAUCCUAUAUGUAAAUGUCCCGUCCAUUACACAGGGGAUGCUUUUACUAGAUGUUAUCCUAUUCCUGAAAAUCUACCCAAACCAAUUGUAAAUGAGAAUCCUUGCAUUCCGUCACCAUGUGGUCCAUAUUCAGCUUGUAGGCAACAGAAUGGCAGUCCAUCAUGUAGUUGUUUACCGGAUUAUAUUGGAACUCCUCCAAAUUGCAGACCAGAAUGUAUUUCAAACAGUGAAUGCUCUAAUGACAAAGCAUGCAUCAAUCAACGAUGCAUUGAUCCUUGUCCUGGAUCUUGUGGCUCAAAUGCCGAAUCUGAACCGACCAAGCCUCCAACACCACUUAACCCAUGCGACCCGUCUCCUUGUGGUUCAAAUGCCCAGUGUCGUAUAGAAAAUAGAUCCUAUGCAGUCUGUGAAUGCUUACCUGAAUACCAAGGAAACCCAUAUGAAGGUUGCAGACCUGAGUGUGUUGUAAGUUCAGACUGCCCUACAAACAAAGCCUGUUUAAAGAACAAGUGUCUCGACCCUUGCCCGGGCACCUGUGGUCUUUCAGCUGUUUGUACUGUCUCUAAUCAUAUUCCAAUAUGCAGCUGCCCUCCAGGAUACACAGGAGAUGCCUUUACAAGAUGUGAGCAGAUACCUCAAAAAGAACCCAAGGAUGACCCCUGCUGGUACUCACCAUGUGGCCCCAAUGCACGCUGCACAAAUUCUAAUGGUAUAGCCCUCUGCGAAUGUCUACCUGGGUUCAGUGGGACACCUACUGAUGGGUGUAAACCUGAAUGUACUAUUAGCUCUGAUUGUCCUCGCAACAGAGCAUGUGUUUCCAACAAGUGCAUAGAUCCAUGUCCUGGAGUAUGUGGCUUCCAAGCUAGAUGCCAAGUUCUUAACCACUCACCUAUUUGCUCCUGCCCUCCAAAUUAUGUUGGUGAUCCAUUCUCCGAAUGCAGAGAGGCACCAGCACCACCAAAAGAUCCAUGUAAUCCAUCACCAUGUGGAGUCAAUGGCCAAUGUCGUGUUCAGAAUGGAAUUGCGACCUGUGUCUAUCCCGAAUGCGUCAUAAACCAAGACUGCCCCAGAGAUAAAGCUUGCUAUGCACAGAAAUGUCAAGAUCCAUGUAUUGAUGCUUGUGGUAUUAACGCAAUAUGUCAAGCAGUCAACCACAAAGCUGUAUGCUCUUGUCCUCCUGACUAUACAGGCGAGCCGAGACUUUCUUGCCAACUUUUUCAACCUGCACCUCCUCCACCUGAAUGUACUACUGACCAUCAAUGCAGAAACGACAAAGCCUGUAUAAAUCAAAUGUGCAAAGAUCCUUGUCAAGCUGCAACAACAAGCGUAUGUGCUUACAACGCUGUAUGUAGUGUCAUUAUGCAUCGUCCUAUUUGUGUUUGUCGAGAUGGACUUUCAGGAAACGCUCAUACCCAAUGUUAUGACAUUGGCUGCCGAACUGACUCAGAAUGUCCAGUAACUGAAUCUUGUGUCAAUAAGCAAUGUAUGGACCCAUGCAGACUAGCAAAGUGUGGAAUUGGUGCAUAUUGUGAACCAGAGGGAGGAAAAGGAAGAUGUAUAUGUCCUCCGGGGUCUCUUGGCAACCCAUUUAUCAGUUGUGAAACACCACAGUGUACACAGGAUGUAGACUGCCCAUCUCAACUAGCUUGUAGAAACCUCAAGUGUGUUGAUCCAUGUGAUUGUGCUCCAGGUGCUAUAUGUACUGUUGCUGGACAUCAGCCUACCUGCAGAUGUCCCCCUGGCUAUUCAGGAAAUCCACACCAAUCUUGUACCAUAGCCCCUAUUGUUGACACUACAAAGUGUCAAAUGGAUGCUGACUGUGCAAGUAAACUAGCUUGCUUCAGCGGUGAAUGCAAAAACCCGUGCACUGAAACAAACCCAUGUGGAACUAAUGCUGAAUGUAGAGUGGUCGACACCCUGCCUCUAAGAACUAUGUCAUGUCACUGCUUGCCAGGGUAUAUUGGCGAUGCUGAUGUUCAGUGUAAACUAGAAGAAAGCACUAAACCUCAAUGUUCAUCUGAUUCUCAAUGUUCUGAUACUGAAUCAUGUAUCAACCGUGAAUGUGUUAAUCCAUGUUUGGUUUCAUCUCCGUGUGGAAAUAAUGCAGAAUGUCGUCCUGAUAACCACAAAGUCACUUGUCACUGUCCUGAAGGACUUGCUGGAAAUCCAUAUACCAACUGUUACAAACCUCUUGACACAUCGCCUGAAUGUAAAUCUGACUCAGAAUGUGCUUCCCAGUUAGCUUGUAUAAAUCAACGUUGCCAGAACCCAUGUGUGACAUCUAACCCUUGCAGUUCUACUGCAGAGUGUACAACACUCCAACAUAGGCCGACCUGCACAUGUCCUCAAGGGUGGGCUGGUGAUCCUCAAAGUCACUGUUACAAACCUGAAUGCAGAAUAGAUUCUGAUUGUUUAUAUGACAAAGCCUGUAUAUCAGGUAACUGCUUAUCACCUUGUCGUGAAUCGUCUUGUGGUCGUGGUGCUGAAUGUAGAGCAGUAUCACAUAGUGCACAGUGUGUUUGCCCACUGGGGACUCAGGGUGACCCUCACGUUUCUUGUGUCACAGUUGUUUGCCAAUACAAUGAGGAUUGUGCUGAUCAUGAAGCAUGUGACAGACUGAAUCGAGUUUGUCGUCCAGUUUGUGAAUCUGAUGUUUGUGGAACACGAGCAACAUGUAUAGCACGUAGCCAUCAACACAAAUGUAUUUGUGAGCCAGGAACCCAAGGCGACCCAUAUGUUGAAUGCACAGUUGAUUAUCGAGCCCAUGCCGAGUGCAUCCAAGAUUCUGACUGCCCUUCGAAGACUGGUUGUAUCAACAGGAAAUGCCAGGAUCCAUGCUCACUACCAGCUGUGUGUGCGUUUGAUCAAGAAUGCCGUGUUCAGGACACUCUACCCAUGAGAACAGUCUUGUGCGUCUGUCCACCUGACACAAUUGCUUCAAUUGAUGGUCACUGUCGCCCAAUAAUUAAAACUACUGAAGAAUGCCAAGCAGAUUCUGAAUGUCGUGAUUUAGAGCGUUGUGUACGUGGAUCAUGUGUUGAAGCAUGUCGUAUCGAUCCAUGUGGUCUCAAUGCUCUUUGCCAAUCCACACGCCACCAGUCUGUUUGCACUUGUCCAAGAGGAUAUAUUGGCAAUCCACAUAUUGAGUGUAAUCCAGACCACGCUGUGAGUGUUCCAUCUUAUCAGCCAGUACCAGAAUGCAGUCAUAAUGACGACUGCCCUGCUAAUAAAAGAUGUAAGAACCAACUAUGUGUCAACCCAUGUACCCAUGAUUCACCAUGUGCUCCAGGUGCUUUCUGCCAUACUGAUGAUCACCAACCUGUAUGUCGUUGCCCGGCUGGAUUCCAGGGAAAUCCGCUAACCCAAUGCAUACCUCCUGCUGAAUCAACAGUUGGUUGUUCAUCAAAUUCUGACUGUACACCUCGAGAAGCUUGUGUUAAUAAACUAUGUAUAAGUCCAUGCAACUGUGGAACUAAUGCAGAAUGUAAGGUGACCAAUCAUUACCCAACAUGCUAUUGCAAGCCUGGUUAUUCUGGUAAUCCACAAAUUGGUUGCAUUAAAGUUGGAUGUGAAUCAGAAAGUCAAUGCAGUGAUGAUAAAACCUGCUACAAUAGUGAAUGUAUAAAUCCAUGCAUCCUUGGUGAUCCUUGUGGAAUAAAUGCAGAGUGUUAUGGUGCCAAACAUGCUGCACAAUGUAAAUGUAAUGUUGGCUACAGAGGAAAUCCACUCGUUCGGUGUGAAAGGAUAGAAUGCUCUGUGGAUAGUGACUGCAGUGAGGACAGAUUAUGUAGAGAUCAUCACUGCAUUAAUCCCUGUCAAGAUCAGAUUAAUCCAACAUGCGCCCAUAAUGCCAUCUGCUAUGUUCGAAAUCAUCAGGCCAGCUGUAGGUGCCCAGACUGGAUGCCUCUAGGAGAUCCUCUUUCAUAUUGUCAAAGAGUUCCACCAGUUUCUGUUCCUACUGUUGAAUGUGAGAAAGAUGUCGAGUGUCCAAGUCAACUGGCCUGUAUAAACAAUAAGUGCUUGAAUCCUUGUGUCGAACUAUCACCUUGCACACCCUCUUCUAUGUGUAGUGUUUUUGAUUCCACACCUGUAAGAACAAUGGUAUGUACCUGUCCGGAAGGUUGGGUCCCAGAUAAUGAUGGUGAAUGCAAGCCAGUGAUAGUACCAUCGCCACCUGGCUGUGUUUCUGAUAAUGAAUGUUCCUCUAAUGAAACUUGCAUAAAUAGAAUGUGUCGAAACCCUUGCAACUGUGGUCCGAAUGCUGAAUGUAUGAUUAUGAACCACAGGCCUAUAUGUUCUUGCAUACCUGGAUAUGAUGGGAAUCCAGACGUUGGAUGCAGAGCAGUUGGAUGCCGAAUCGAUUCAGAAUGUGGAUCAGGAAAGGCUUGUAUAAAUGGAAAUUGCAUCAACCCUUGUGUGGUAGAAGACCCAUGCGGGCCAAAUGCUGAAUGCUAUCCAGUUGGAACUAGACCAGAAUGCCGUUGCCUUAGUGGUUACAGAGGAAAUCCAUAUGAUCGUUGCCUUGUUGUUGGAUGUCGCUCCAAUUCUGACUGUCCAAAUGAUCGAGCUUGCAUAAAUGCACAAUGUAUAAAUCCAUGUAUAUAUGACCAGCCUUGUGCUGCGAGAGCUAAAUGUUUUGUCCAGAACCACCUUCCAUUAUGCCGUUGUCCACCAGCAUAUGAAGGAAACCCCUAUACAUCUUGUAGACUCAAGGUAGAACCAGAAUGUAGAGUUGAUGGGGAUUGUCCCUCAUUUUAUGCUUGCUUCAACCAACAGUGCAAAGAUCCAUGUCAAGAGAUGGAACCAUGUCAAAAACCUGCUCUUUGUGAAGCAAUUAAAACAUUACCAGUCAGAACAAUGAUAUGUGAAUGUCCUCCAGGAUAUAUAAGUAGCGGCAGUGGUGUAUGCAAGGCAACUCCACCAGUGGUCGCCAUAGGAGAAUGUAUUUCUGACUCAGAUUGUCCUUCAGACAGAGCCUGCAUUAAUGCCAUAUGUAAAAAUCCCUGCAAUUGUGGACCAAAUGCUGAUUGUAGAGUGAGAGAUCAUAAGCCUGUAUGCUCAUGUCUUCCAGGUUACGAUGGAAAUGCAGAAAUUGAAUGUCAAAAAGCUGGUUGUCGAAGCAAUACAGAUUGUCCCAGCCAACAAGCCUGUUUGAACAGAGAAUGUGUACCAGCUUGUUCACCUGAUGGAAGUUCUUGCGGGACCGGAGCUAUUUGCUAUGGCUCCCAUCAUACUGCAUUGUGUGAAUGUCCUCCAGGACUUACCGGUGAUCCACAUGUUGGCUGUGUUCAUGUUGAGUGUGAAACCAAUUCAGACUGUCCUUCCGAUAAAGCAUGUAUAAACUCACAUUGCAAAUCGCCUUGUGAAGACAGUGAUCCUUGCUUACCACCGGGCGAGUGUACUGUAUUUAAUCAUGUUGUCGAUUGUAAAUGUCCACCAGGUUUCAUUGGUGACACUAGGAAAGGUUGCACUCCAGUUGAAGUUAAAUGUAAAGAAGACCAAGACUGCCCUAAACAGACAGCCUGUAUCAAUCAAGAAUGUGUGAAUCCUUGCAAUGCUACUCAACCCUGUGGAACAAACAGUGAAUGUAAAGUGUUUGAUACUUACCCUGUCAGAACUAUGAUAUGCGAAUGCCUUCCUGGAUAUUAUGGAAAUGCAGCUGUAGAAUGUGUUCCUGUGAGUGAAUGCUCAGCCGACAAAGGAUUUGUUCGCAACGAGGAUGGUGAAUGUGUUUGUCCACCAGGUACUGGACUUAAUCUUAAUGAUGAGUGUGAGCGAUGCCCUCCCGAGAAGGGAUUGAAGGUUGACGAGAAAGGUCGGUGUGUAUGUGAUCUAGAGAAGGGUCUCAUUGUUGACGAACGUGGUAACUGCAUCUGCAGGACAGAUCUUGGCUAUCAUUUGGAUAUAAAUGGAAACUGUCUUCCAGAGCCGCCAGUGACUGCUAAAACGGACUUCCCUCAACCUGAAAUGAUUGUUAGCUGCCUGUCCGAUGGUGUUCAAGUUGAAAUUCAUAUUGAAGAAAAGGGAUUCAAUGGAGUCCUUUAUGUCAAAGGUCAUAGCAAAGAUGAGAAAUGUCGACGCGUCCUUUCUGUUCCAAACGACUCGCCAGUUCGAACAGAAAUUUUCAAAGUCAAUUUUGGAACCUGUGGUCUUAUUCAUGUCAAUGGACAGGCAAGUUUUGUUCUAGUCAUACAAAAACACCCUAUGUUAGUGACCUUCAAAACUCAAGCAUAUCACAUUAAAUGUGUGUAUACGACUGGAGAACAGAACGUGACUCUUGGGUUCAAUGUUUCCAUGUUGACAACAGCUGGAACCAUUGCAAAUACUGGUCCUCCACCCACUUGCUUCAUGCGCAUUGUUACUCACUCUGGUCAAGAAAUUAAUUCAGCUGAGAUCGGUGACAAUCUUAUGCUUCAAGUUGAGGUCCAGCCAUCAACUAUUUAUGGAGGAUUUGCCCGAAGUUGUGUAGCUAAAACAAUGGAGGAUACAGUCGAAAAUGAAUAUGAAGUAACUGAUGAGAAUGGCUGUGCAACCGACCCGUCAAUAUUUGGCGAGUGGGAUUACAACCCUGAAACGCAAUCACUAAUGGCCAACUUCAAUGCUUUCAAGUUCCCCAGUAGCGAUAACAUUCGCUUCCAGUGUAACAUCAGAGUCUGCUUUGGAAAGUGUCAACCUGUGAAUUGCCGAGGAUACAAUGCAUUUGGAAGGCGCCGGCGUGAGAUAAGGGACACAAACAGGACUGGAGCCGAUAUCUAUGAGCCUGUCUCUGAGGGUCAGCUGCGAGAGGAGAUCACUAUUCAGUCUAAUGCCAUCUUAACUUUUGAGAGGAGAGAAGAAAGGUUCAUAGAUCCUAGGGAGGGGCGAUUGUCUCCUGAAGUGCAGCAAAUAGAUGAUAUAUGUGUGUCGAUGAUUGGCUUCAUCAUCGCACUUGUCAUAACUGCACUUUUAGCAUUGGUGGCAGUUGCAGUAGCAGUUUCCUGCUGGCUCAUCGCUUACAGAAGGAGGCCUAAGGUAGACGGCCCUCUCCCUCAUCCACCAGACUUCCCAAACCCUUUGUUCACGACACCUGAUCCUCUGGCAGAGCCCUCCCCUGACUACCUCUCAUAGCCAGCGCAACGUAUAAAUAAUUAAUUAUAGUAUAAAAUAUAAGAUAUUCCAGUCACCGUCGCCAGAAAGUAGCGAAGCGAGCCUGGAAUUUCUACGUCACCUCCUCAGAUGGCUAAACCAAAUCGAUUUGGAGUUCCUUUUAUGUAUUUAUAAGACUUAAUUCAUUUUCGGGAAUUUUCACCAACAUCUGUCUUCUCUGAUGCAAAAAAUGAUACUAUUGAUGUAAUAUAUAUAACCAGAGCGGUGUUGGGCCUCUAACUCCUUCAUUAACUCCAUGAUAGUCAUUUAUAGAUUUACAAGCCAUUGGAGGAUCUGACUUUUGUUUUCCUAAUAAAUGUAUUAUAGUCCUGCUUGUAUGAUUGUCGAUAUGGUUGUAUGUCUUUGUUUCCUUUCUGUAUAUUCUUAGUUAGGCCCGAAUUCAACUUUGUAUUUGUAAUUAUAUUUAAUUGUUUAAAAUAUUAUAUUUCGGCCCUAAUUACUAAUAUACGAUAGUUUGGGUGCGUGAUAGAUCCCAUACUACGUUAGAAACUAUGUAUACUGUGAUCGAUUCAAAUAUCUAAAUGUUGCAAUUGUUGUGUUUUGUACAGAGUACAAUAGACUAUAAUAUAUAAUAUAUACUAUUUGUAUUUGGUAUGAAUUAAUCUAUAAUUUGAUAUUAUCGGUUACAGUAUAAGACUGCCAAGCGUAAUUAUUAUUACUUUUUAUUUAUAAUUAAGCUUAUAGCUUUAAAACUUGUUUUAUUACAAACAGAAAUUUCAAUCAAAUUAAUAAAAUUUCUAAUAUAGUCUAAAGUUAUGGAAAAUUUUUGUAUUAUUUAAUGAUUCCUUGUAUAUUGUAAAAAAAAAUAUAUGAAAACGAUAAUUGAAUAAAUAUUUGAAACCCUGUACUAAUAUACACUUGUAUAGCCGAAUUAAUACUUUUUAGAUUUUGCAGUCUAAAUUUAAUUCUCAGUAUAUAAUUUUAUGAAUUGUGAUAAUAUUCCAUAACAAAUAUAUUAUAAUAAAAA